ACUAAAUGCUGAAAUGGAAAAAUACUUAUUCCAUGACCGGCCUCAAAACCAAGGCAAUUCGUCCGGAAAAUUCGUUGGAGCUAAGUAUACAGUGCGAUCUUCAGACGACAGCUUGGAUCAAAGUGCUUCAACCGUGCUAACGAGAGUUUCCGGUUUCCCAAGUCGAUCUGAAAAUGCGCAAACAUCGGUUCCGCGGAUGCAGUUAGUGGGCAUGGGUGGCACUACAAAACAAGACAACGGAAAUUCCUUUCAAAUCCAGAGAUUGCGAAAGUUUAAACAGAUGGUGAAUCUGUUUGUGAUUCUGCUGGUGUCCUUCUUCGUCCUCAUGUCUCCCUUCAGACUCCUCACACUCUUCAGAUCCAUCACCGAGUGCUCCCUCGGCCAGAGGGUGGAGGGGUGGGAGAGACUCAUCCUCGACAUCUCACUGCCCCUCUCCUCCGUCGUGUUCGCCGCCAACAGCAUCGUCAACCCCAUCCUCUUCAACAUUCUAUCCUCCCGAUUCAGACAAAAAUCAGCAAGGAAAAUAGCGAAAGUGAGCAGGCUGUUCAGAAUCUGCAUAGACGAAGGAGUCUUGCGGCGUCACAACUCUUGCGAAAUUUGACCUCCGACUGAGAAACAGAGGCAAAAGUGCUUGGUUAAUAAGACGA